CCGUUUCGGUUUCUGUUUCGAUUGCGUGCGUGCGUGCGAAUUCCCCCGGAACGUUUUCCAGGCGGUGCCAGAAGCAGUGCAGCAUCCGUGCAUAAUUCGUAGUUCCGUUCGCCCCGUCCCUCGUGGGAAGCUGAAGCCCCGUUUCGCGGUUCGCGGUAGUGGUGGUCGUGUUGCGGGAUUGCUCCGUGUUUGGUUUUUCGUUUUUCGUUGGCCCCGCAAAGUGGUGUGACAAAUUUAGGAAAACGAGGCGAGGUUUAACAAGCGACUGCAAGCGAGACAACGCAACCCUCGGGUGCGUUUUGAAACCCCACGCAACGAAAAGGCGGCUGCUGCACCAUCUGGUGUGUUGUUUGCGCGCGCGCCUUCGUGUGUGUGGCCGUGGUGUGUGCUGUGCGCCCGGGAGGUCGGUCGGUCGGUCGGUUCGGCCGGUAAAGGAUGCGGCGACGCUUGAGACGGUUCUCCAGUCAACCAACGCGCAGCGAUCGCGCAGCAGCAGCAGCACCAGAAGACGGCGCAGAUCAUCGCGGUUAAGCCGCCAACAGUAGUGGAAAAAAAAUAUAUCGGCGCAGCCAACAGUGGGUGCAUCUCUCGUCGAGUGUGUCAAAGUGCCCAUAAGUAGAAAGCAGAAGGAGAUCACCCACCGCGUGGUUUUCGUUUUUUUUUUACGGCCAACCCAAAGUAGUGCAAACGACACGCAAAAAAGCGAUUCCGCCCGCGGCUGAAGGAAGGAAGAAGGAAGGAAGUGUCGAAGUGUCCGCUCUUUUUUUUUUGUUGUUGUUGGUACGUGAGGAAAGGCGCAACCGAGGAAGCCGCCAAGUGUGUGAGCGAAAAGAAGAAGCAAGAAGAGAGCGACCAAGAGCAAGAGCAAAAAGUGUAUCCUUGACCGAGUAGGCUGUGCAGUGGUGUGUGCGGGUUUCGGUGCACCAGCUGCAUCUCGUGUGUGCGUUUGAAGAUCCUUCGGUGCAAGGAGCGGAGCGGGGAGCGGGGAGCACAUUUUAUUUUCUGCUUUUGUUUUUGUGGUUCCUGCGACCAUUGCGCUGCCCCGAGAAGAAGCAGCCCCAAACUGGCUUCGUCCGCAGCGACAUCACCGCACCGAACAGACACCAACAACGCGAGCAGACGACAGCAAAAUGAUGGGUACAGUAGGCCGAGGAGGAGAAGUAGGUGCGAGCAGUAAUGGUACCAGCACGGGCAGCAGCACCGGUAACCGGUGGACAGCAAGGAUAUUCGGCCUGUUGCUGUUGUUCCUGCAGCUGGAGGUGGUGCAGGUGCACUCACAGAUCACAAGCACCGGUGGUGGUGGUGGCGCAGCAGGCGAUACGCAUUACAUUGUCACCAAGCAACAGCAACAGAAGCACCAGCAGCAACAGGAUGUGGUAUCGAUGGCAACCGGCGGUGGCGGUACGUCGGGCACAUCGGACACAUCCUCUGCACCCGAUCCCAGUGCCAUGAUGGAUGGGGGCGGCGGUGGUGGGUUUGCAUUCGACGAAGACCCCGCAUCCCUGUUCCCCGCCGGUAUUCCGAUGCUGAGCGAAGAGGCGGCCACCAGCCUGCUGCUGUUUCAGCCCCGGAUGCUAAACUUUGCCGAUCGGUCGAUCGGUGAUCCGCACAACCAGCUGGUGAUGCUGUUCAAUCGGCACAAAAACCGCAGCAUCUAUCUGGGCUCGAUCUCGGGCAGUACGGCCGAGUUCUCGAGCUCGUACUUCAAGGAGAAGGUCAUCCCGCCCGGUGGCAACACGAGCUUCAACGUGGUGUUCCUGCCCCGGAAGCUGGGACCGGCCGAGGGCUCGCUGCUCAUACGCACCUCCUUCGGGAUGGUGCGGUAUCAGGUGCAGGGUGAAGGCAUCGAGUGUCCGUACCGGUUGCGGCCGCUGGUGGGCCUGCAGGCCCCACUAAACGCGACCCUUUCGCCCGAGAUCACGCUCUACAACCCGCACGAUACGCCGCUCCAGAUCGUGGAGAUCUACAGUAGUGGCGGUAAUUUUCAGCUCGAACUACCGAGCGGUGCCCAGGAGGGACCGCAGGCACUGUGGGAGAUCCCACCGCACAGUACGCGCACGGUCAUACGGGUGCGGUUCCAUGCGCGCACCCCCGGCAAUCACAUCGCGUACGUGCGCAUCAAGAUUUCGGGCGGCGAUGCUGAACCGUCGCUCAUCGAGAAGAUGCUGGUGGUGCCGAUCGAGGUGGAGAUUUUUAAGGAGACGGGACUGUACUCGCGCAUCCCGUUCCUGGAGCUAGGCGUUACGUCGGCCGCCGGAUCGGCAGCGUUGGCCGCGGCAUCGGCCGUGGCUGCACCGAUUGCACUGCGAACCGAACAGGACGACUCGUUCCCCUCGUCGGAGGCUGGCGGAGACCGGGGAGUGACGGUCGGUAGCAGCCGGAACACCACCUGGCUCAGUCUCGAUCUGCUCAACUCGGGCAGCCAGCCGGUCAAGGUGAAAAGCUGGGGCGUACAGGCGGACGACAUCGAGUCGGUGCUCUGCAUGCACGUGCUGGUGGCGGAAGAGCGCACACUGCACGUCGAGUUCGAUUGGUCCAAGCUGUCGAGUGAUCGGCGGCACAUUAGCGGACGCAUACUGCUCAACCUCGAACGCGUAGCGACACCCAGCGAUGGUCAAGCGGAGCAACGGCCAGCGGAUGCCGUACAGCAGCAGCAGCAGCAGCAGGAGGAGCAGAAUGUAAAACAAUCCGAAUCGCAUGCCGCCUGGCACGACGUUGUUGGCAAACUGUCCAUCUUUGCCGGUGGAGAGUUGCUUGGGAGAAAGGAGCAGCAUGCGCAGGAGAAUCUAAAUCCGGAAGCAAUAAGCGGCGACAUAACACCGACCGUGCCAGCUGAGGCGACGGUUCCGGUGCUGAGCGUUUACGCGAUCCCUUUCGCCGGCGAGGUGCUCAAGGGCAGCAUCCAGUACAAUGAGGAGGUUCUCCGGUUUCUGCUGCCGGUGCGCGAUGGCGACGAGCACCCGGACGGUGCCCGGCGACCACUCGUGAUCCGGAACCAAUUCCACGUGCCAUUGUCCAUCACGAACAUCAGCGUACCGGAGAACUGUUCGCGGUACUUCACGAUCGAGGACUUUCGGCCGCUCGUGCUGCAGCCGAACGAUGAGCGGACGAUGCUGCGCAUCUCGCGGAAGCUAGUCGCCGACGGUGGCCACCGGUGGCCGGCCAGUACGAUUUCAACCUACAUCCGUCUGACGACCAACAUCACCGACUACGAGCUGCCGGUGCUGGGGUACCGGGGUAAGCUGCAGCGUAUCCUUUCCCCGGCCGUGCGGGACGCCUCGCUGCUCACCGGACUGCCGGCGAUCACGGAGAACGUGAGGGGAUCUGAGAAGGAGGACCAGGAGGAGGUGGAGGAGGAGGAGGAGCAGGAACACGAAGAGAUCGAGCUCGAUUUCGGUGUCCUACCGAUUGCAACGAUCGGUGAGGCACUGGUGGCGUUCGUCAAUCCCAACCCCGUCCCCAUCCCGAUCAUUCACUGGAAGGGUGCGAUCACGUCGGAGGCGGCCGUCGGUGCACCGACGAUCACGGUCAUCCUACGCGGCUGCGGUGCGCUCCGGCUGGACGAGCUCGUCUUCUGCCACACGGUACAGCCGGGCGAAUGGAUCGUCUACCAGAUCAGCGUCCAGAGUGGUACGAUCGACAGCUACCAGGGCCGGUUUACGGUGAAAACGGACUACGAGGAGAUCGUCACGCCGCUCCGCUUUACGACCGCCGUCGGCGAGCUGCAUCUCGCCCGGGAGCGGCUUCGGUUCACCGAUUGCUUUCCGGGUAAAGUAUGUUCCUUGCCGCUGGUGGCUGCCUCCACGUUCCCGUCGAAGAUCCACAUCGAAGGCAUCCGUACGGAGGUGGCCGGCUUGAGCUGGGAGUUCCUGUCACCGGAUAAGCAGCGACCGCUGCCACCAAGCCAACCGGUAGUCCUCUACCCGGAAUCGAUGGCCACGAUCGGUCGCUUGCUGCUCGAUCCAAAGCACCACUGCGGUUCGGAGUGCUACAGUAGCUUCGAUUUGCUGUCGAAACCGUUCGGUGUGAAGUGGAUGGCAACGCUGGAUAGCUACGCAGAUUACCGGCAGCUCGACAGUGAUAAGCUGCUGCAGCAGCUGCAGCGAUACGCGGAGAUGCGCCAGCAGCUAACGAGCGUCCACUUUCAGAUGCUGGCCGAAUCGAAUCGACGGUUUGACUUUAACGCGAGCGUCGAGCUGUCCUGGCCGAAGCUGCUGGACGAGAAUGUGUUCUUUCCAACGCUACAGGUCGAGCAGGAAGCGGUCAAGCUAAUCACGAUCAACAACCCGUCCGAUCAGAUCCUGUUCGUGCAUCUGGUCCUGCACGAUGUGACAGUGCACGGGGAAGCGCCGGAGCUGGCGGGUGCCGUACCGCUACCGACCGAGGUGUUGACCGCUUGUGGUAACUGUACCCUAAGCCCCGAGAGCGUAUUUUCCUUCUUCCUGUUCGACAGUGACGAUAUCUACGUGAACUACGUGAAACCUCAAUCGUUUCUGCGGAUUGCGGUCAAGUUUACGGCCCGCCAACCGGGCACCUACUCGACCGUGCUGUACAUGCGCAACAACCUGACGCUGAUCGAUGCUGCCUGGAUACAGGCGCGGGCCGUGGUGCCGCAGUUCAAGUUCGGCAAUCGGCGACCCGGCUCCUCGACCGCACUGCAGUUCGAGCUGACCGAGAAGCAUUUGCGGCAUUGCGGCGAUGCGUACUAUGAGCUGCUGCGUUCCGAUCGAGCGGCAACGGUUGAUGAGGCAGCAAGGGACGGUAGCAGCAGUGAGAGCAGCAGCAGCGGUGCUGGCUGCGGUGGAGCAGCAGACGGCGGCAGCAAACCGACCACGGACCAGCGUCCUGCUAGAGAGGUUGGUGGACUGGAGCCGGGUGUGGAAACUCGACGAACGUUUACGGCACGGAACUACGGCGAGGUGCCGAUCGUGAUAUCCGGUAUCCGGAUCGAGGAGGCCCUCUGCGAGGGUUACGGCUUCAAGGUGCUGGACUGUGCCCCG